AUGGGAAAGUACAGUCAAGACCGCCCUCAUCACUUCUUGUUCAGCGACAAGUCGACAGCUGCUUACUCUAGUCCGGUACGGGCGUCGUUGAGGCGUUCAGGUUCGUUGGAUCUGAGCAACUUGUUCAAGAUCGAGCGCGACGACGUGAGGCCGGAACCGGCUGACGAGAAGGUAGAGCUGGGAGGGCGCCGCCGCUCUUCGACCAAGGCAGCGGUGAGCAAGGGCCGGAAGGUGGUUAAGGCCGCCCCUGCGCGGAGGUCGAGCCAUACCCGACGAGCGAGCAGCACCCGUCGUCACACUGGGGAUUCCCACUUUGUCAACACCGAGACGGACGCCGGAAGGAAGGGGGGCCGGAUGUCACCCGUGACCGCCAAGAGGACCUUGGCUGUACACAGAGCCUUGGGCGGGUCUGUCGCAACAGAGCCUGCCGCGAUCGACCUUCAGGUCGCACCCUUCUCAAAACAGAACAAAAAUCAGCGCGCCAAGGAAACGGUGGAACUAGACAUUCCGGUCAAAAUCCAAGUUGGGAUAGCUGAGCCCACCCAAAAGGCCGUCCGUAACAAAGGAGCUGCUCAGAACAAAGGGGCCGUCAAGAAGACUCCAGCGAAAAAAGUAGCGGCCAGGAAAGCCCCAGCCAAGAAAACGACGGCCAACGAGGCUGCUCCGGUGAAGGAGACGCACAAGGGCAUCACAGCCAGCCAACUGCCGAGGGAAGAGAAGCUGGCCAACCUCGAGAAGGCUCGUGAGGUCAAGGCUCAGAGUACCAAGGCACAGAGUACGAAGGCCCAGGGUACGAAGGCUCAGAGUACCAAAACUACAAAUCAGGAAAGUGGAACCAAGAACGUGCCUGCCAACAAAAUCCCUAAGUCCGAGAAGUUGGCCAACCUGGAGAAGGCCCGGUCGGUGAAGGCCAAGAAUACCCGAAGCGUGAAGAAGGCUUCUCCAAAGGCGGCUAAAAAGGCACCAGUAAAGAAGGCGCCCGUGAAGAAGGCACAGGCCGCGAAGGGUGCCGCAAAUCAGAAAUCAGUACUCAAGGUCCGUAAAGGCCCUAGCUCUAAGACCAAGGCUGCUAAAACCGAAGCGCAUGAGUAUGAAAUCGAUACGAUGGUUAUGAAAGAGCCUUUGACGGCUGGAAAGGCUGGCAGGAAUAGAACUCUUGAGGUGAACAAGAAGCAGGAUCUCACACCUUCAGUCAGGAACUUGUUGGAGCGCGCUGACGAAGCUUUUUCCGAGGGGUCCGACGACGACCACGCGAACGACCUCUACGUCGUGCACGAGUACGUCGCCGAAACCUCGGAAGGAACUUCGGAAGGCACAUCGAGUGUAUCUGACUAUGAGGAGGAGGUUGCUGAGAACGAUGGUUCUCUCGUUGGCAAGCUCAAAUCCUUCCUUUUCUGA